CUUCAGAUUCCUGACCAAUCAACAGGAAUCAAACCGUCUGAGGCUGCGAAGUGCUAAGCUGGACGAUUAAAUAGACCGCGACAGUAACCCAAUUGACUCGUACAACUUUGUUGGUUUUAGAUACUGCAGUUGUCAUUUUACGGGAGAAUAAUGACGUCCAACAGGAAGAAGAGAAUAUUAUUAUUUGACCCAGAGUAAUUCCUGUAGUUCCUAAAGAGCUACGUUUUCUUUUUCUUUUUUCAAACAUGGGUGAGGAGAGCCCGGAGACCCUGGCUGACCUGUGCCUGGCCCAUGUGUGUCACAGCCUGGACUCCCUGUGCACCAUGCAGGCAGACGGCUCCCUGCGCCUACACUGGGCCCCGCUGCUCCCUCAAGAGAUGGCUGACCAGCUGCUGUACAAAAUGGCCACAGAGGGUAUAUUGAAUGACAGGACUAUUGGGAUCUUCCGUGACUGCAGACAGCUUCGCCUGCGUAGGGCAUGCAUCCGCACCUGUCCAGUCUCUGCCGAGGCCCUCCGCCUGGCCCUUUGCCCUCACCGGCUGCAGGAGCUGGAUGCCUCCCAGGUCUCCGGAGGCCUCACUGGGGCUGACGUGCUCACAGGCCUGGCGUCCAACCCUCAGUGCAGCUCCAGCCUGCAGAAGCUGACCCUGAGUGGCUUACAGCUGGACUGGGGGUUCCUGGAGGAGGGAGGCCAGGUCAGCUUUCGCUCCCUGCAGGGUAUCAGGACACUCAUCCUGGCCAACACAGACCUCACUGACACGGGCUUGGAGGAGGUCUGCUCCCUGCCUCAGCUGGAGAACCUGGAUAUAUCCAGAACCCCUGUCACAGAUCUGACCGCCCUGCUGGGGAGCAGGUCCACCCUGCGCUCCCUCUGCGCCCACGCCCUCCGCCAGCUGGACAUGCCCCCCGCCGGGCUCCUCUCCGUCCUCAGGCGCCUCCAGGCCCUCAGGCAUCUGGACUUUUCCGACGACCACUUCGCCACGCCCUCAGAGGACGACGACGGGAGGGAGGGGGACGAGACGGUGCGGCAGCUGCUGGAGGGGAGCUCAGGGGUCCUCCCCGCCCUCGUCUCCCUGGAUGUGUCUGGGCGGAAGAGGGUCACAGAUGGGGCGGUCCGGGCCUUCGUCGAGGCCAGGCCAAAGCUGGUGUUCCUGGGCCUGCUGGCCACCGGCGCUGGCUCUUGUGAGGCCCUGUUUGGAUGUGGCAGCCUGAAGGUGACUGGGGAGGCAAACGAGGGUCAGAUUCUAGAAGCCCUGAGGAGGUACAGUGAGAGAGAGUGCUUCACACAGGAGGCCCUGGUUCACCUCUACAACCUGAGCAGUGAUUUGGACAAACCCAGAGCAGACAUCCUAAAGCUUGUUUUGGACGGGAUGCAGAAACAUGCCCAGUCUCUGCAUGUCCAGCUGGUGGCCACAGCCUGCGUCUUCAACCUGACCAAUCAGGACCUGGCUGUGGGUCUGCCCCUCCGACUGCUCAGCGCCAUCCUCAGUCAGCUACUGGAGGCCAUGAAGAACUUCCCCAACCACCAACAGGUACAAAAAAACUGCCUACUGGCUCUCUGCAGUGAUUACAUUCUUCAAGAUGUCCCUUUCAACAGGUAUGAAGCUGCCAAGCUGGUGAUGAACUGGUUGAGCAGUCACGAGGACCCCACCCUGCAGAGGAUGGCUGUGGCCAUCAUCUCCAUCCUGGUGGCCAAGUUAUCUAAAGAGCAGACCACACAAUUGGGUGCUGAUAUCUUCAUUAUGAAGCAGUUACUGGGGAUAGUGCAGCAGAAGGCCAUGGUGGGAGUGGUGGACUCCACUCUCAAGUUCGCCCUGAGCGCUCUCUGGAACCUGACGGACGAAACACCCACAGCCUCUCGCCACUUCAUCCAGUGUCAGGGCCUGGAGCUGUAUGAGGAAGUGCUGGAGUCCUACUACUCGGAAUCCUCCGUUCAGCAGAAGGUUUUGGGUCUUCUGAACAACAUAGCGGAGGUGGAGGAGCUGCAGGGGGACCUGAUGGAGGAAGACCUGCUUGAGCACAUCCUGAGCCUGCUCCAGGGGCCCCAGGUGGAAGUUGGGGUCCGCUACUUUGCUGGGGGGAUCCUGGCCCACUUGACCUCCAGAGAGGCUGCCUGGACCCUGGACGAGGAGCUCCGUGCCACCAUCUUGGAGCAACUGCACUCUGCUGUGAUGACAUGGACCCCACCUGAGCGUGAGAUGGUUUCCUACAGGUCGUUCCAUCCUUUCUUGUCUCUGCUGCAGACAUCCCAGCCUUCAGGAGUACAGCUGUGGGCUGUCUGGGCCAUGAGACUCGUCUGCAGCCAGAACGCUGCACAGUACUGCAGUAUGCUACAAGAAGAGGGGACAGUGGAUCUUCUUAGGGCGUUGACCUCCCAUCCCGACACACACGUUGACGUCAGAGGACUGGCAGAGUGCAUCCUGGGUAUCCUGGAUCAUCACCAGAGUCAGAGAGACAUCCUCACAGACCAGCCAGGACAGAGUUAGAAGACUUUGUUCUGAUUGGUUUGACUGCCAGCUUUGCUUGUACAGUAAUGAACAAGGAUUGGAGUGUGUGCAAAUGCUGGGUGUUGUACCAAAGGAGUAAAGCUAACUGAUAUCAGCAAUGUGGCACGACCAAAAUGUGAAGUGUGAGUUUCAAACUGAAACGUCUAUGUGAGUUAUUUGUGAAAAUAUUUAGGAAAAAAUAAUAUAUGAUAUAUGAAAAUCAGAGCAUUGUGUACAUGAACAACAAUUACAAUUCAAUUACUUGAACUGUGCAUUCGAUCAUGAAGAAUAUUAAACAUUUAUAAUUGUCUGAA